AUGGCAGUUAUAUUGUUAAUUCUCAUCGAAAUGGAAUUCAAGCAACUAUCUAAAGAACUGGCUCUUGUAAGAAGAAAUGAUGGCAAUACCUAUUCGAAAUUGAAAGAUGUGAUGAUUCGUCACGAAAGUCUAUGGAAGUUCGUCAAUCAGUUCAAUACGAAAUUCAGUCAUCUUAGUAUGAUUACUUAUUUUGCUAUGACUUCGACUACGAGUUUUCUCUUUUACAUGUUCUUACACACGGAUGCAGCCGACAUAAUUCGUGUUGGAUUUCUAAUAAUGCUUAUUUUCUUUACUUUCACAUGCAUUAUUACUGCUUGUCAAUUGUGCUGUUUUGCCUUCACGAUGCAGAAUGCCUUUCAGGACAUCCGACAAUUUGCUGUAUGCGGUUUACGUAUAGAAAAAAAAUUAAAAGUAAUAGGCAGCGUUUACAUAUAUAGUGAAAAAACUAUAUUUGGAUUUCAAAAGUCUCUACACAUCGAAGAAUUUCCUGUGAUAGAUAAAAUAUACGAAUUCGUGAACAAGAUGAGUUGGAAACGAACAGUCAACGUAUUUCUCAGAUCAAAUUUAAUUUUUGAUUAUUUUUCGAAUGGAAAGAAACUUAAAGAAUAUUGCAAUGUCUUAAAAGAAAUAUCUGAAAAAAUACUAUUGAAAAAUUUACGUUCCACUGAAGAUAAUCGUGAUGUUAAAUAUGAUGAUUUGGAUAACGAAAGUACAACGUUUAUCGAUAUAUUAAGUCGAAAUUUAAAACUGAAAAAGUAUAUACCUGACGAAGUUCAUCAGAAUUUCUCCGCACUUACAUCUGCUGCUUAUACUACAUUAUCGAAAACAAUAUGCUGGUGUUUGUACGAAGUUGGAAAAAAUCCUGAAAUUCUGGCAAAAAUACAGGAUGAAUUAGAUUCUAUACUCGAAGAUGUCAAUUCUCCUAUUCGAAAAGAAGAGUUGCAAAAAAUGGAAUAUUUAGAAUGUGUCAUUAAUGAAACAAUGAGAAUGUAUCCAGCAGUUCCUAUAACGGCUAGAUUAUCGGAAGAAGAAAUAUCUGUUGGCAACCAGAUUUUUCCUUCAAAUUGUAAUUUUCUGAUAUCGAUUUAUCAUCUUCAGCGAAAUUCAAGAUAUUUCCCUAAUCCGAACAAAUUCGAUCCACUUCGAUUUCUUCCAUCAAAUUCAGCAAAUAGGCAUCCUUAUUGCUUUAUACCAUUUUCAGCUGGGAGAAGGAAUUGCAUUGGUAAUCGUUACGGAAUGUUGGUGAUGAAAAUCUUUCUAGCAAUCGUCUUCAGACAUUUAAACGUUGAAUCAAUAGGAAAAGUUAAACCAAAAAUUAUGGGAAUAGCUUUGGAGUCGAAUGUACCAUUCCGUUUCAGAAUAAAAAGCAGAUGUUAA